CAAAGUAACAAGCGUCGGUUGAUCUUGAGUAGAAAAAAAGUGUGCUUUAUAAUUUCUUCUUUAUUUAUGAUCGAAAAUAAAAUCUUAUCAAUGGAAAAUCAGUGAAAAAAUAGCAAAUAAAACAAGCUGAGGGCUUACUACCCAGUCUUUGGAAUAGAGUGAAACUCUAUGUACAGUAAAACAAGUAUCAAGGGAAUGAUCUAAAUGCUCGAGUUUAUCCAGGCAGUAGAGUGAUUGAAACAGAUAAAUUAAUAAUCAAAGAAAAAGUGCAUGGGACCUCAUGAAAUACUUGAGAGAGCUCUGGUACUCAAGCCAUUGAUACUGUAGCAUUAGCAAGAGGUUUUUCAAGUGGGACUAGUUGCAUUGUAAAGAUGUCUGGAUCAGAAAGUGAGGACACUGAAGAAAAGAAAUAUGAUAAAAGGUUGUUUAUUGGUGGACUGUUCCCCGAGGUGAACGAUGAUGAAUUACGGAACAGGUUUGGAAGAUUUGGAACCGUGAAGGGAACAGAGAUCAAAAUACGAAGAGACAGUAAUGGUAAUCCUAUCAAGACAUUUGCAUACAUUGAUCUGGAAACCAGUGACAGAGACUUCAAGAAAUGUGUAAAUACUUACAACAGAGCCAGAUGGAAGGGCUCAGAAUUGAAGAUACAGGUGGCAAAAGAAAAUUUUCUGAAGAGGUUAGAAAAGGAAAGACAAGAAAUAUCAGAAUGUAAAAGUGAAAAAGACAUAGAAAUUGUUCCUGUGUCAGGCAUACAGAGUAAACUAAUGGCUAUAUCUGAUAUAGCUACUGCUGCUAACUUCAACAUGAAAGGAGCAACUCCAGGAACCACAGUUCCAGGGGAAGAGAAAUGGAUAGUUGGAAAGUAUGGAAGAGUGCUACCAAUUGUUCAUAUGAAGAAAUCUGGUGCAAGCAAAAUACAGAAGAUAGAUCCCUCAAAGCUGACCCAUAACCUAAGGAGAAUAAAAGAUGAGAAGUACAUAGAUAAUAUAGACCCUUGCAAACUAACAUGGGAGUUAGAAGAAGAUGAUAAUGAAGUAAGCAGAAAAAGGAAAGGGGAAUUCCCAGAAUGGAAACCACGAGUUAAACGAAAAAGAUAUGUAAAUGGAGAGUCUAGUCAAGAUGGUUUACAGAAACGAGUAAUGGAGGUAGUAGAAAGUGAUAAAACAUAUCGUAAUUCUGACUUUGAAGUGGUUCCAGUGAAAGGUAAAUCUGAAAGUGCAAGGAAUAGUUUUACCGAUCUCAGUAGAUUUGACUCCGAUCCAGAGGAUGAUGAUGUGAAUGUGACCGCACCAGGUUUAAAUAAUGUUGUAGAUGAUUUUAUGGAUCUUUCUAGAUUUAAUUCUGAUUCAGAUGACGAAGUGUCUAAUGUUUCUUAUCAGAAAGCUGGGCUAAGACAUUUUGGUCAAACUUACAAUAAAAACGUUGAAAAAAUUCAUGGUGGAAAAGGUAAUAUUUCUGUUCAGAAAUCUAGUACUAAUGUAAAAGAUCUUCAGAGAACAGGACCAAAUUCCAUAAAAACCAUGACAGCACUGAAGAGUACUGAAAACAUGUUUGGUGGCCCUCAGAAGCUUAUUGAUGAAUACUCAAGUGGGUUAAAUGAAUUAAAUAGUGGUAAAUUUAAUCAAGAUUUUAGUGAUGGUGAUGAUGAUGAUGAUGAUGACGAUGAUGAUGAUGAUAGUGAUUUUGAGACUCUGGUUAAGAAACAACUGAAGAAUUUGAAAUCUGGAAAAUCAGAUACAAAUACUUCUGGUGAAAACCAAAAUGAUUCUGAUCUUUCAAAGAAGCAACUCAGCUCUGAAAAGCCACAUGUAAUGAAUAAUUCAAAAACUGAUUUGAAAGCAAAGGUAGUUGAUGGUAAGAAAACAUUAUUAGCAUUUCGUGGAACUAAAUUUCUUUCAUCAGAUGCAAACACAGGAACAGGUUUAAGAGUUGUUGAUAAAAGUAGUAUAAAAAGCAAAGAGGAUGUAGUUGAGGAUUCUAGAGAUAGCAAAAAGAAUAAUCAAAAGGAUGUCAGUAUUGUAUCAUAUGGAAAAAUGUCAGUUCAUCCGAAAAGGCAGCCAUGUAUGAUCAGUUUUGAAAAAUCUUCCUCAAAAACAACAGGAUCUAGAAAACUUGUGAAGCCAAAUAUACUUCUUGAUGAAUUUUCGAGUGGACUUGAUGUGACAGAUAAUACUAAACCAGGUAAUAGUUCUUCAGAAGAGGAUGACGAUGAUAGUGAUUUUGAAAAAUUUGUAAAAAAGGAAUUAGAAAAAAUGGAAUCAGAGAAAAAACAGUUGGAUGUUAGAGAAGUUUUGAAUUCUGAACAGUUGAAACAGAAUGGAAGAAACACUGAUAAAAGUGAUUUAGGUGUGGUUGAACUGAAAAAGAAUCAAUAUCACAGCAGCAGUAGUAGUAGCAGCAGUGAAGAUGAGGACUCUGAGAUAGGGAAUGAAACAGACAGUGAUGAAUCUGAAGAAUCUGUAGUUGUUGGAAGUAAAGUUAGUAAGAAUGAGGAAAAAAUCAGACCAGAAAAGAAAACGGUACAAGAUGGUACACAAGAGUCAGAUAACUGUUCUGACAUUGAGGAGGGAAAUGAAGAUGAUGUAAGUGAUGAUGAUAAUGAUGAUGAUGGUGAUGAUAAUGAUGAUAAUGAUGAUGAUUGUCAAAGUGACAGUAACAGUGACUUUGAAACAUUAAUAUCUAAAGCUAUGAAAGAAGUACAAGACUCAGGAAAGUCAAAUGAUGUGUCAAGAAAUAUUUCAGAAGCAAGUGUAGGUGAAGAUGAUAUAAAAUUACUAAAUAAUGAAAAUAAAUAUACGAGAUCUAAGAUUGUAAAUAAGUCUUCUAGUGAUUUAGACAGUUUUAGUGAAAAGUCAGCUACUGAUGAUGGUACUGGUGAUAAAGUGAAUGAUAACAAUGUGUGUCAUGAAGUAGGAGAAAAGGAAACAAUGAGCAGUGUCUCCAAGGUGCACCAGGCAGACCAUAACAAAUUUGAUGAUGAUGAUGAUGAUAGUGAAGAUGAUGAUAGUGAUGAAAAUAACAAUGAUUGUGAUGAUGAUAGUGGUGAUGAUGGCAGAAGUUGUGAAUUUAAAGAUAAAGUUGCCGGAAAUGACAACAAAAACAAAACUUUACCUAAAGAUAUGAAAAAUCAGACAUUAGAUUGUUCAGGUAUAAUGUCAGAAAGUUCUGAUUCUGAUAAUGACACAAAUAUGGAAUCGGAAAUAGUGGAUACUAGUAAUGAGGAAGACAAUUCUAGUAGUGAUAAUGAUAAAAGCAAAAAUUCUUUGACAGCUAUGCAAUGUGAUACUGUUAACAAAAGCUGCAUUAAAAGAAAUAUGCUGAAGGUAGCAGCUGGUGAUAAAAAUAAUAUUCAAGGCAUGGACAGUCAGAUAGAAAGCAGAGCAAGUAGUGAAAGUGAAGACAGCAGUAGCAGUGAAACUGAAAGUGAUGAAAAUACUAAAGUGAAAACUGUUCAGUCUGAAAAACUAAACAUAGCUAACCUAAAUGCAGGUGUGAAAACAAACGUAACUAAACAGUCUGAUAACGCUAAAUUCAGUUUGAAGGAUUUGGCGAAUACGAAUACUAGACUGCAACAGAUUGACAUGUUACAUGGAAAGAAGACUGUUGAUGCACAAAAUCGUGCUAUAAAAACCACCAUUCAGCCUAAUACCAUGUUAAAGGCAAAGUUUCCAAAUUUAGAAAACAAAGCUGACAUAGAUAAGAAAAGACUAGAGGCAGUGAAGCAGAGACAGAAGGAGGCUCUGGCACAGAAAUCUCUUAUCAAGAAUGCACUAUCAAAUCUUGAUGCAAGCAAGACUGCAAACACAAAAAUUGUGUUUGAUUCUGACUCUGAUGAAGAUCAUGUUGCCAUGGAAACAGAUAAACCAACAUCAGUAAGCAGGGCUUCAGAACAGAAUAGAAAUACUGUGGAAGAGCUGAAAUCUGCCUCCAAGUCAAAGACAUUGUUUGACUCUGAUGAUGAUGAAGAUGAUGAUGACACAAAUAGAUUCAACAUCAGAGAUGAAUUUGAAGGUGCAGAAGGGAGAAAGCUAGCAAAGCUUCAGUCAAGAUUUGGACAUGAUGAGAGAUUUAAACUUGAUGCAAGGUUUAUAGAGUCGGGAUCAGAAGAGGAUGAUGAGGAAGGGAAGGUAGAUGAGGAAGAUGAGACAACAAGAUCUCUGAAGAUCCUACAGUCUGUUGUUGGUGCUAAGGCAGUCGGAGCUAUUCACAAACAUGAUAAAGCUAAAAGAAAGUUCAAAGAUGUAGGGGCUUUGAAAUAUGAUCCAGCACGUGAAGAACACCAGCACUUUGUUGUGAAAACGAAACCGGCAGAACAACCCGAGAUUGUUGAGAAAAAGAAAAAGAAAAAGAAGAAGGAAGAUGUUAGCAUGGAGAAAGAACCAGCUGUUGUAUUACCAGAGGUCAGCAAAGACAAGUUUUAUGAGAUCUCUGAUUCACUGAAAAAGACAUUUGUAGAAAAAGUGAAUGUUCCUUCUGCUGCUACGUCUGGUGGUGCAGGUUUCUCACUGCUGGCAGCAUUUGGUAGACAUUACAGUGAUGAUGAUGAUGAUGAAAAGCUGAUGAUAAUGAAGAUUCUGCUAUACCUAUUCCUGAGACAUUGAGAACCAAUCAGCUGUCACUGGCUAACAGGUUUAAAGUAAGAGAUGAUGAGGAACACAUGGAAAGUGAUGGAGAUCAUAGAGAACAUACUGAUAAAGAUCAUACAAAAAAUAGAGAAGAAAUGAACACAACAGAACAAACAACCAAGCAAGUCCCAGAUGUGAAAUAUUCCUCAACAUUUUUCUUCAUGCAGAAUGAUAAAAGGCUUAAUGAGCCUUCAGCAUUCCCACACAAAGAAAAUGUUAAAACAGCUCAAGAGGACUGGUUGGGAAAGAGGCGUCAUCUGAUAGAGAGUUACAAAUCGAAACACAAAAAUUUAAGAAGGAAGAAAGUGCCUACACAUCAAAAGAGAGGUGGGAAAAGAAGAUAACAUUAUUCUUAUGUCAAAAAUGGAAAUCUGACGAAGGAAGAUAACUUUUGUGCCAGAAGUAUGGAAUAUUGGCAUGGGAAGAUAAUUCUAGUACCAUUUAGACAUACAAAAAGGAGACAACUGAUACCUAAGUGGUGGAUUGUCAAAAAAAUAUUACUCUGAGAUAACUUGUCUACCAUGUAGAAAUAGCAAGGAAUAGAUGAAUAAGUCAGGUGUCUAGUGUAUGUAAGUGUUAAAGAGAAAUAACAUUUCUGCAGUAUGGAAAUUGCAGCAGAAGAUAACUUACGACUAGUGUAUAGAAGUGGUUAAGGGAAAUAACUUGUGUUUAAGUUAUUGAAAUGACAGUAGCAAACUUACUAAGGGAGACAACACAUGUGACUGGUGUGUAAAUAAAGGUAAUACUGUAGAAGAGCAUGACUUACAGUAGCAGCAUGUUUCCAGAAAUUAUAUCACUGUAUAGACAACAUUCUUCAGUCUAGUUGUUGAUUGCUUAAUUGUUAACCUUUACCCUGCUGAAUUUCUAAAAUGGACUGGUCCAUCAUUCAAUUUGGGUAAUAUCACUUAUUAUUCAAAGUGAUGUUCACUGAAUGUUUACUGACUGAAAAACGAACAGUGCAGACCAUGAUCAGUCUGCAUGGAUGUGCAGGCUGAUCUUGGUCUGCACUGGUCGCAAAGGUAAAACCGCCAGCAGGCUCAAGAUUAAUAUUGUUAAAGAUUAGUGAUAACUGUUAAUGAAAUAAAUAUAUCAAUGCAAUUGUUAAUUAAAAUUUUAAUGAAAACAGAUACAACAAUGUGAAUCACUUGAAGAUUUUAAUGAGAUAAGGACUUUUUGCAUAAAUUAUACACCUUUUACAUGCGUAAAAAAUCCUUGUUAAAGAAAAUAAAGGCAAAGAAAUAG